GGAACUAGUUGCCUGGUACUAAAGGGAUGUUUUUUUUAAUUUUUUCCUUUUAUGUUGAUGUUUUGUCUUGAUGUUCCAGCGUACUUUAAUUUAUGGGUGCCACGUGCAACUUCAUUCAUUCUUUUCAUUCGCAUCAGAAAGAGAGAAACGGACGAAUGAUUUAAAAUUUGAUGCGCAAGCACAUUAAAAUGGGCAAUUCUGGCAGCUCCCAUCAAUUAAACAUCCAGAGACAAAAUACGGACCCCAGCCCACAUGCUAAAAAUCUCUCACAACAAUUUCGGCAAAGCUCACAUCGUCAUUACGACUAUUCAAAGCCUGAUAUAAGGUCGAGUCCUACUCCACAGAAAGGGUACAGCCAGCAAUGGCGGAGGUCGUUUCCGACGUCAAACAGUCAGAAGGUAAUAAAGUAUAAAACAGAUGAAAAUGUCCAAUUUAAAGUACUUCCACGGAUUGACAAGAGCCUUCACUUACGAGCCACUACAAAUGGAGCAAUACUCAAUUCCGGAGGUACGAUCAGCGGUCGAAGGCUGAGUGAAAACCCUAUUUCAUGCCCAACGAAUGCGCCAAUGCAACGAUCGCGGACCUUCAUAGCCGGAUCUACAAAUCAUUCAUUGCAGACAGAGUUUACCCGUUCACAAACGCUUCAUCAUGUUAAAGCUAAUUACAAAAAAGACAAUUUAGUAUCAAAUACAAAAUCGAAUUUGACCCAAAUGCAACGCCACACAUAUUCAGAACCGGAACUCGUGAACAAAAAUAAUAAAGAAACUGCGACGAAUCAAUCCAUAGCUAGAUCGGAGAAAAAGAACAAGUAUACUAAAAAACGUAGGGCUCCAGAAGUGCCUACCGAAUCAAUAAUUAUUGUACCAGCCGUUCAUCCAGAAACAGCGGAAAAAGAUAUCUCUACAAGUGUGAGGAUUACAAAUGAACAGGGCAGACAAACUCAUUUUUCGAAAAAUACAGAUCGACUACCUACAGUAAAUAAAGGUUCAAAUUUAUCAUUUAAGAGGAAAAGUGCGGAGCGAAACUCUGUUGGUGGAAAUUGCAGGCCAAAUGUACCCAUAAAUCAGUCGAAAUUGGCUUACAGGCGUGAAAAAAGUUCAGACGCGAUUAUAAUAAGAAGCAAAAAUGCAAAGGAGGCUAAUGUUAACACAGAAAGCACUGGAGAAAAGAAAACGCAUUACAAACACAAUAACCAUUCAAGUAAAGAAUCAUCCAUGAAUCCUGCUCCGAAUAAAAAAGAUACAGAAGCUCAAAAACACAGGCGAACAUUUUAUUUCGGCAUGGAUGUCAACACUAUCACAGAGACUCGGCAAGAUUCUCAAGAAAACAAAAUUAUGCAACCAAUUUAUGGACUUCAGCCAGAUUCUACCGGGAAGAAUAUCGUCUCUAUCCCAACUGCUCAUAAUACCGAGAAAAACUUGAAUUCAAAUGAAGGUACAUCGCUGCUUUUCGUUCCAAAUUACGAUAUUGAGUAUAAAAAGUCAACAAGUCAAGAGGACAGCGUUGAUGAUAACGGCUUGCGGCUUUGCAUCCGUCCUACUUUGCCACGUCGCCAACUUGAUACGCCGUCCUUUAGCCCGGCGUUAGCUUGGCGCACUCUUCUUGAUGAUGACGUUCAGAUUGAUAGAGAAAUUAAUAUAUCAGAUCCAAAUGGUUACCAAAAAACGGAAAAAAACGAGUUACCAAUUCAACCGAGCAUUAUUUACGAAAUAAGACAUGUGCGCAAAAUAAACAAGUUGCAAAAUGCAUGGACGCCUGAACAGGACCUGUGCGAUCAAAUUGAUGAUACAGCGGGGAAUCUCGUCACAGAUUCAGACUCGAGCUCGGACGACUAUCGCUCUAAAUGUGAGGGAGAAGCUUUAUUAUUCUACGGUAGCAAGUCAAAAAUAUCUUCCCAUAAUUCGGUAUCACCCCUCCACACCUUUAGUCUUUCCCUGCCUAGAGAUGGUCACUUACAACAUGCGCGGAAGCUUGAUAAUUUAAAGUCAAAUGAUGUAUGCAUUUACAAAAGCCUUCGGAAGAGAAAGCCUGAAUUUUUUUUCAGCAAACGGCCGGGUUGUCAGGCUUCCAUCUCAAAUAUUCCGACUACGGGUAUUUCUACAACAAAAAUUGAUGGCUUCGAGAACUGGAUGCUGCAUAAAAAUGUCGGCAAAAAUGGAGUUGGCUUGAAUAGAAUUAAGGAUACAAAUAAUAGCCAGGAAUUGCCUGUUAUUGAACAACAAUCACUAAAAACACUAGCUGGGGGAAAGCACGUAAUGUAUUUGCCCGGAAACAACGACAAGCCCGCUUACAAUAGCUCCAGAGGUGAACUAGAAACUUGCAAAACAAAACCCAGUCGUCAUUUCCAAAGCCGACAACGCCACGUACCUGAAAACCUGCAAGAUAGAACUCCAAUAUAUCCAAUUACGAGUGCAACUGAAACGAAUGUAAAAUUAGCUGAUAGGUUUCAUCAGCGAUUUACAUUUCAUAAUCCAGUCCGCUUAUUGGAGAAGUUGUAUUCAGAUAGAUCAACAAGAGAUGUCGAUACUGAAAAUAUUCACAGAAGCGAGGUUGAAGCUUUAAAAAGAGUGGAGGAAGAUUUUCAACGCAAUCGUGCAAAUGAAAAAGAGAGUAUUCGUCAUCAGUUACAACUUCAUUUUGGUCUUGAAAGUAAAAACAAAGGACUUUACCACAGCCUGCCCAAUCCAUCAAUGCUUGAAAGCUUUUCUUCCAUUGACAUAAAUGACAGUAACAAUAACACGUUUUGUCGAGAUGAUCCGGAGGGCUGUGCGUCCAACGCGUUCCCUGUGGGUCCUGAAGGUAACACCUGCUGAUCAUUAUGAGGUGCGAUAGAUAAUAAGUCUUCCCCGAAAUUCAUUAGCAAAUAAAUAUGUAUAUAAAUAAACAAAUUGAGGGGUUAA